AUGGAUAUCUUAAUUACGUUGUUUUACAUACUUUUUUGUAUAUGUGUAGUUUACCCUCCAACAGAGUUCGUUUCAGCCGGGUUCACGAUAGCCCAGCUGUUUGAAAAUUAUUUGGGAUCGGAGAACACUAAUUUCGUUGGAUACCAUAUGAAAAGAAUUACUAUAACAGCUCUGAUACACUCUUCAUUGUUACUUGGCUACGUAUUUACGUUGUGGUGUGGAGGUGUGCGCAAUCAAUGGAUGCUCGCCGGUGCUGCAGGCUCGGCAAUAAUUCCACUGCUGAUGUGCUAUAAAAUCUUAUGCUGGUGGGAACAUGACAAGAGUAAACAUCCUGCAGUGAGACCUCUUUUAAGAUAUGUAACGCCCGGCACUGACUGGCGUAUGGUAGCUGUUCAGCUAAACAUGGAGUUUCGGAACGUUGAUAAAGUAUCUAUACCUUUAACUGCAACAAGCAAGUUUAUUGCAACUGAAACAUGGCUGAUAAAAGUAUCUCAAUACAAACUGAACAUUGUAAAACAAAGUGAUUGUACUCUUGUAGCAACAGCAACUGAUAGUCACAAUCUUGCACCAUCUGGAGAAGAUGAAAUACAGUAUGUGAACAUAGAGGCCAUCCCAACCCAUGAAGAUAUUGAACGUUUUACAUUCCGGAUCUCUACAACUGCUCUAAGAGAUUUGCAGCCGAGACUAACCCAUCCUGUUAGAGUUCCAGAACACUUGUCUCUGCUGCCUACUUUAAUAGAACGAUUUGUGACUGUGUUCAAACAACACAUAGAACAAAACCCUGUGUUUUAUGUUGAUCAGGAACUGGAACUGUGUAUUGGUUGCAUGCAAAACCAAGCUGAUGUGAAACUCACUCGCCGAUGUCUCGCACCACCACCACACUUACAGGGUGGACCACCACAAUGUCAACAGUGCAACUGCAGGGUGCUGUGGUGCGCGGGCUGCAUGGCGCGGUGGUGGGCGGCGCGCGCGGCGGGCGCGGCGGCGGAGUGGCUGGGCGGCCGCGGCACGUGCCCCGUGUGCCGCGCGCAGUUUUGCCUGCUGGACGUGUGCCCCGCGCGCCACGCCGCCUCGCACUGA